CACGCUUUCAUCGCUGUCGCAGUCUUUUCUUUCGGAUUUCAAACCGCCCCACUACCAUAUAACCUCCUUCCGUGUCAAACCCUUCUGUCUCUCUUCUCUCUUGACUACUGCAAUCCUGUAAUCUCGCAUUCAGAUUCCUAGAUACACACUACUACUAUGGCAAGCACUGAUCCCGAGCGCGAGCACAGAGAGGAGGAAGAAGCCGCCGCCGCAGCGGAGGAUGAAGAUACCGGAGCUCAGGUUGCGCCUAUCAUCAAACUCGAAGAAGUUGCCGUCACCACCGGCGAGGAAAACGAAGAUGCCAUCCUCGAUUUGAAAUCGAAGCUUUAUCGGUUCGAUAAGGAAGGGAAUCAGUGGAAGGAGAGAGGCGUCGGUAGUGUCAAACUCUUGAAGCACAAGGAAACUGGAAAAGUUCGCCUCGUUAUGCGCCAGGCCAAGACACUUAAGAUCUGCGCUAAUCAUCUCGUGCUUCCAUCAAUGACAAUUCAGGAACAUUCUGGAAACGAAAAGUCUUGCUUGUGGCAUGCAGCAGAUUUUGCAGAUGGUGAACUAAAGGAUGAACUUUUCUGCAUCCGAUUUUCAUCUGUGGAGAAUUGCAAGACCUUCAUGGAGAUGUUUCAAGAGGUUGCUGAAUCACAAAAGAAAGAAGAAAACAAAGAUGCAUCUGCUACUGCUGGACUGCUUGAGAAGUUGAGUGUUGAAGAGAAGAAGGCUGAAGAGAAAACUGAGGAGAAGGUCGAAGAGAAAAGCGAGAAAGAGACUUCUGUUGAAAGUGAGGGGAAGGCUUCAGAAGUUGCAGAGAAGAAGGAUGAGUCCUCUUCAACUUAAAGUAUGCACAUGCAAUGUGCAUUGCCCUUUCAACUUGGUGAGGUUUGUUGUAUAACCUCAUCACCAAGCCAACCGGUGAGGUUUAGUGAGUUUAGUAAUGUAAGGGAUGAUGAUUUUUUCAUGUGGGGAGUGUUUGGGUUUCUUGGUCUGUCAUUUUAGUCAGUCUAAUGUUCUGGCAAACUCAGGGGAGGGGAAGGGGUUGGGGGGUUGGGUUUGGAUUUCUUAAUCUGUCAUUUUAGUCUGUGUAAUGCCUGGCAUACUUUUGAGUUUAAGGUUAAGGUCUCAUUCUGGAUACAAGGUAUUUGCACCAGGCAUAACACAAAUUCAUGCCAUAUAUAAUAUUUAUCUGCCUAGUUGUAUGCUCUAUUGUCCAUGUCACUUCCAAGGCUUUUUCAGUUUUUCA